UGGGUUGGGCAAGGAGGCAAGUACAACGGUGGUGGCGGCAGCAGCCCGAGUAGCACUGAAGGAUUCGGGUGGCGGGAACCGCGGUCAUGGACCAUAUCACGGUGCCCAAGGUAGAAAAUGUGAAAUUACUGGAUCGUUAUGUAGGUAAGAAACCAGCUAAUGGGAGUCUAUAUCUCACUGCAACCCACCUGAUCUAUGUGGAGGCUUCUGGUGCAGCCCGAAAAGAGACAUGGAUUGCACUGCAUCAUAUUACCACUGUGGAGAAGUUGCCCAUCACUAGCCUGGGUUGUCCCCUGAUCCUCCGCUGCAAGAACUUCCGGGUGGCCCACUUUGUUUUAGAAUCUGACUUUGUGUGCCAUGAGGUUUAUAUUUCACUGCUAAAGCUUUCUCAGCCAGCAUUACCUGAAGAUCUGUAUGCUUUUUCUUAUAAUCCCAAAUCUUCAAAAGAGAUGAGGGAAAAUGGAUGGAAGCUGAUUGACCCAAUAUCAGACUUUGGACGUAUGGGAAUUCCUAACAGGUACUGGACCAUAACAGAUGCCAACAGAAACUAUGAGAUAUGCAGUACCUACCCUCCUGAAAUAGUGGUUCCUAAAUCUGUUACGUUGGGAACGGUGGUUGGAAGUUCAAAGUUCAGAAGUAAAGAACGUGUGCCUGUGCUCUCCUACCUAUACAAAGAGAACAACGCUGCCAUUUGCCGCUGUAGCCAGCCUCUGUCUGGAUUUUAUACUCGCUGCAUAGAUGAUGAGCUCCUGUUAGAGGCUAUUAGCCAGACGAACCCAGGGAGCCAGUUUAUGUAUGUUGUAGACACAAGACCAAAGUUAAAUGCCAUGGCCAACCGAGCAGCUGGGAAGGGGUAUGAAAAUGAAGACAACUAUGCCAACAUUCGCUUCAGGUUCAUGGGCAUUGAGAACAUCCAUGUGAUGCGAAGCAGCCUGCAGAGACUCUUGGAAGUUUGUGAAUUGAAAACUCCAACAAUGAGUGAAUUUCUUAGCGGCCUGGAGAGCUCAGGGUGGUUGAGACACAUUAAAGCUAUUAUGGAUGCUGGAAUUUUCAUUGCAAAGGCAGUGAAGGUAGAAAAAACCAAUGUCUUAGUCCAUUGUUCUGAUGGGUGGGACCGCACAGCACAGGUCUGCUCUGUGGCCAGCAUCCUCCUAGAUCCAUUUUAUAGGACAUUCAAAGGACUCAUGAUACUGAUUGAGAAGGAAUGGAUAUCCAUGGGCCACAAGUUCUCCCAAAGGUGUGGCCACCUGGAUGGGGACUCUAAAGAAGUAUCCCCUGUCUUCACACAGUUCUUAGACUGUAUCUGGCAAUUAAUGGAACAAUUUCCUUGUGCCUUUGAGUUUAAUGAAAAUUUCCUGCUGGAAAUUCAUGACCAUGUUUUCUCCUGCCAGUUUGGGAACUUCCUUGGAAACUGCCAGAAGGAUCGAGAAGAUUUGAGAAUCUAUGAGAAAACCCAUUCCGUGUGGCCUUUCUUGGUUCAGAGGAAACCAGACUUCAGCAACCCUCUCUAUAAAGGCUUCACUGUGUAUGGGGUACUCCAUCCUAGUACUGUGCCCUACAACAUUCAGUUCUGGUGUGGGAUGUAUAACCGCUUUGACAAGGGGCUGCACCCCAAGCAGAGUAUGCUAGAGAGCCUCCUGGACAUUAAGAAGCAGAGAUCAAUGCUGGAGGCAGAUAUGCACAAACUAGAAAAGAAACUGAAAGCCCAUGAUGAGCCACCAGAAGAAGUCUGUACCUGCUCUCAAUUCGGGAGUUUAUUUUAUCAGAACCUGGGAACUCCUUUGACCAAUCCUCUUGGCUUUAUGGGUAUCGACGGAGACCUGAAUACCUUGAUGGAGAAUGGCACUCUUUCUAGGGAAGGAGGCCUUCGAGUUCAGAUGAAGCAAGUAAAAAGCCAGUGUGCAGACCUCCAUCAUGACCAUUAUGGGAUCAUGGGCAAACUUAGGGCCAUAAACAUUUCUGGAGAUGUCAGCUUCUCUGGAGACACAGGCAUUUCUGGGGUCUCAGGAAUCUCUGGCAUCACGAGCACCUCUGAGCCUAUGGGCUUCUAUGACGACAUCAGCAUCUCUGGGGCCAUGGGCUUCUCUGGGAGCAUGGGCAUCUCUGAAGACACAGGCCUCUCUAAGGCUAUCACCAAGAAGGCAGGCUUCUCUAAGCAACACAUGAGAACAAGUGGAAAUAUUGUCAGAGCGAAGAAUUAAGACCCCGUUGAGGGGCUGGAGAAAUGGUGUGCAACAGAUAACUGAACUGCAGAAUAGCUUAAAAGAAAAUUUUACUUGCAAGUAUAUUUAGUCAUAUGAUAUAAGCUAACAUUAUUGCCAAUAGAGACCCCAACAUAUCCCUGAGAAAUAAAUCAAAAUGGUCCAUGGGUGCUUGGUGGUUCAGAAUAUAUAAGGAAAUAGUUUUCUUGUUACAACACUUGUUUUCCCCAACUCACACCCUAGCUAGGUUUUAUAAUACUCAGUUAGCCAACUCCCUUUUUCAUAGCCCAUCGAUAAACUAGAAUCCACUACAUUCUAAAAUGAUCAAUUCCAAAAUAGUAGGGUCUGAAUAAUAUUGAUCAAUAGCAUUCUCAACAUCAGUUCAAGAGACAACUGAAAAUCUCAGUGCUUUAGACCCUGGCUUACACAUGGCCUAUGUGCCCAUCUAAGUUUUCCUAAAACAAGACUCUUCUUAGGUCUUCUUUCCCCCUGCCCUCCAUACUGCACAGCAUGUGGGAUCUUAAUUCCCUGACCAGGGAUUGAACCCGUUCCCCCUGCAGUGGAAGCACAGAAUCUUAACUACUAUAUCACCAGGGAAGUCCCUCUUCUUAGGUCUUUUUAUGAAGACCAGCGGUUUCACUUCCCUAGACAUCACAUCAAGUUUGUGGAUUUUUAGACAUAAUUGGAGCUACUUGUAAAAUCUGGUAGGGCUUAACACCUUGUACUAAUGUAAACUUUUGAAAAAAGCAUUCUUAAAGCAUGCCCAGAUACUCCAGGGAGAAGGGGAUGUAUUGUUUAAAUACCAAACUUUCCCCCAUUUGGGGUUAAUAUACUUUCUGUACACUUUCCUAUUCAGUCGUGUGUGUGUGUGUGUGUGUGUGUGUGUGUCUGUGUGUAUAUAUAUAUAUAGUGUCAGCAUUUUCAGAACUCCCAUUGCCAGUAGAAUCCAUAUCUUCACCUAAGAUGUCUAUUCUGUAUACCAUAUGUCUGGUUUCAGCUAAAAAAAAUGAGAUUUCUUAGUGAAAGAGCCAUCUCUGUUACUACCAUAUCCAUUUGUAAAACAGACAUCUCUAAAGGAUCACCUAUAUUUCUCUAUAAGAAAGAGGGACCUUUUCAUUGAAGUGUUAGAAGUAGCAGAGAAGAGCCAGGAUAGUUGCUUGAUUUCUUACCCAUAGCUAAACUAUGGACACACACACAAAAAUUCCUAUUUAGAGGGAGAACUCUAAGUCAUUUUGGUUGUCUUAUUUUCACAUAGAAAUAGGAGCCAUUUUUCUACUUACCUCUUCUUGGUAGCUGUUUUAAUUCUGUAUUUUUAAAGAACUAAUUCAUAUGUGUCUUUUCUAUUUAUAAAUAGGGGUCAUGUUUCUACUUACCUCUUCUUGAUAGCUGCCUUGUUCCUAUAAUUUUAAAACAUCAGUGUGAUUUCUUAUUGUAUCUUCUCUGAUUCCCCUCUUUCCACUAUUUGGUAUUUGGCUUAUAUAACAUAAAUCAUCAAAUGUUGCCAGUUGUCAUUUGACUUAUUACUUUUGGAAAAAAUUGGGAUUUGUGCAACUCGUUUUGAUAUGGAAGCUCCAUCUAACCUUGGCUUUGUGAAGGAAGUUGUCAAAGAGGAUGACAGCACUAAUCAUCUGCCACAAGUGAGUUUGUUCUGGAUCUUGCUUCAUACCCAGGGCU